AUGGCGGUGGGAUCGCUGGAGCAGACCAACAUCAGCGGCGGCAGCAGAAAAAAGAGCAGCACAGGUACUUCCACCGCUGCCGCUGCCGCUGCCGCCGCCGCCGCCGCCGCCGCCGCCUUCCGUACCGAGUCGUCCAGCAGACUGCUCGCAUCCGCCGCGGCAGUCGAAGCACGGGCGGCAGCCGACGUCGAUGUUGCAACCACAUCCACUGGCGCCGACGGCGAGUUGAAGUACAGCAGGGAAGCCCUGACCAACAAGUCCGAAAUUAUGGGCGCAUCCUACGGUAGGGACGGUACAACGCCUGAGAAUGGUGCCGAUUUCCGAAGGAAUGCCAGCUUGGGCACGGGUAAAACAGCUUGCCCUACCCCCAGCACGAAGUCUGUGCCUGCUCCAGCCACCGCGUCAAGAGCUGCAGGAGCCGCAACGAGCGAUGACGACCUCACGGAUACGGAUGAGGGUGUGAUGGCCAGGCUGGCGGAGUUCAUCGAAAUGGCCAGGCGAACCGCCGCCCACAACGAAGUUGUGAAGCUACGUGAACACGAGAUGGCCUGGGCCGAGAGCACAGCCAGCGAGAUGUCUCUGAGGUCGGAGAUGUGCGCGCUCAAAGACGAGUACGCUGGCGUUUCUGGAGACGCCUCGGCUCUCAGGAAGCGUUGCGACGUGCUCGAGCGGGAGAACGCUGAACUCGUGGAGAGGUUCGCGACGAUGGCGGAAGAGAAGAGGCAGAUGGAAUCCAAGGCGCGCCGGCUGCUGAGGAGCGACAGGUACCGCGGCUACUGA